AUCCGACUUGAUACAAGUCUAGAUGCUACCAGACUGUACUGUACGGAGUAGGGAUCGCAUGGUGGCGCUAUAGUGACUGUUUUUGCUAGGCUUACGGAGUACGUCGGAUGCAUGUACUUGUGGUAUCUAAUCUGGAUGGUUUGGUCAGCAAAAUGUCCUCCAAGACACAUCCACGCUAAUGAAUGAGAAAUGAAACACCCCAGUCAACACCUCACCAUACCAAGAGAUAGCUUGUUAAAUAACGAUACAGUGCAGUGUGUAGUUUGCUGACGUGAUACACUCACCAGGCUCAGCACACUAGGAUUUAACAAGCAUCUCUCCCUCCCCCCAAGUUGCAAGAGGUCAAUGAACGUGUCAACCAAGACACUGCAUUCCGCGACUCUACAAUUCUGUUGUGAUUGUUGAGGGAACGGAAGGCUUCCAGCAUGAAAGCAUCUACAGCACGCGUCCAUGAUUAUGCGCCAAGAAGACAUCAUCCACACUCUCGGGCACUUGCUUCUCAUUACGGGCGCUCACGGCGAUGACAUGAAAAGUCAUGCUUGAAGCUGUAACAGACAGAAGUUGUGCUUGUUUUCUGCUGCAGCACUAGAGUCUACACUUAUCGUACGGCAUUUGGCUUUUGACAUCCGUAAUUAAUGCCACUAGGCAGUACUGGAGUGGUAGCACGUGAAGACGUUCGCUUCAAAGGUCUGAAGAUAUUUGCUUAAGACAUUUUGUGGCAAACGCUUUUCCAACUGUGGUUUCCGGCACAUACACGUUAGUGUCAACACAAGUAGAAAAAAAUCAUUUGGUUGACCUAUUCAUUAAAGGUAAACAAAGUUAAACGACAUGGUGACCAACACGAAAAUACAAAAAUUCUCUUGUUUGUGACAUUUCUGGCAGUGUUUACAAACAGGGUACCCUUCGACAUGAGGGUCCACACUAAAGAGAAGCCAUUUGUUUGUAGCAUUUGUGGCAACCGCUUCUCAAGCAGUAAUACCCUUCGGCGACACACGAGCAACCACGCCAACGAGAAACCGUUUGUUUGUGACAUUUGUGGCAAGGGCUUCUCCCACAAAUGCUACCUUCAAAAUCAUGAAAGGACCCACACCAAUGAGAAACCAUUUGUUUGUGGCGUUUGUGGCAUGGGCUUCUCACAAAAUAGUUCUCUUCACAGACACAAAAGGAUCCACACCAAAGAGAAGCCAUUUGUUUGUGAGAUUUGUGGCAAGCGCUUCUCACAAAACGGUUCUCUUCACAGACACAAAAGGAUCCACACCAAAGAGAAGCCAUUUGUUUGUGGCAAUUGUGGCAAGGGCUUUUCAGAUAAAAGUUCUCUUCACAGGCACAGAAAGGUGCACACCAUAGAUAAGUCAUUUGUAUGUGAUACUUGUGGCAAGGACUUCUCUUAUAGGUCUGAGUUUCAACGACAUGUGAACAUCCACAAAGAGAAAAAAUUUGUUUGUGACAUUUGUGAAAGGGGUUUCCCAAAUCAAAGUUGCCUUGAAACACACAAAAUGGUCCAUACCAAAGUGUAUUUUUGUGACAUUUGUGGUAAGGCUUUCUUAAACAGGCGUUGCCUUCAGCUACAUAUGAACGUCCACCGCAAAGAGAAGCCAUUUAUUUGUAGCACAUGUGGCAGGGGUUUCUCAUGUAAUAGUUACUUGCGAGAACAUGAAAGGGUCCACACUAAGGAGAAGCCGUUUCUUUGUGACGUUUGUGGUAAAGCCUUCUCAAACAGACGUGGCCUUCAGCGACAUACAAUCGUCCACUGCAAAGAGAAACCAUUUAUUUGUGGCACAUGUGGCAAGGGCUUCUCUCGCUAUAGUUGCCAUCGAGGUCAUGAAAGGGUCCACACUAAGGAGAAGCCAUUUGUUUGUAACAUCUGUGGUAAGGCCUUCUCAUUCAGGCAUGGCCUUCAGCGACAUGUUAGCAUCCACAGCAACGAGAAACCUUUUAUUUGUGGCACUUGUGGUAAAGCCUUCCCACAUAAUAGUUAUCUUCGAAAACAUGAAAGGGUCCACGCCAGUGACAAGCUAUUUGUUUGUGACAUUUGCUGCAAGGCCUUCUCCGAUAGGCGUGGCCUUCAGCGACAUACGAUUGUCCACUGCAAAGAGAAGUCAUUUAACUGUGACACUUGUGGCAAGGACUUCUCACGUUAUAGUCGCCUUCGAGAUCACGAGAGGGUCCACACUAAGGAGAAGCCAUUUGUUUGUAACAUUUGUGGUAAGGCCUUCUCACUCAGUUAUGGCCUUCAGCGACAUAUGAGCGUCCACAGCAACGAGAAACCUUUCAUUUGUGGCACCUGUGGUAAAGCCUUCCCACAUAAUAGUUACCUUCGAAAACAUCAAAGGGUCCACACCAAUGGAAAGCCAUUUGUUUGUGACAUUUGCGGCAAGGCCUGCUCCAACAGGCGUGCCCUUAAACGACACACAUGUGUGAGAGUCCACGCGGAAAAGGAACAAUAUCCUUGUGAAAUUUGUUGCAAGGUUUUCUCAUGUAAUAGUUUUCUUGAAAUACAUGGAAUGACCCAUAUAAAAGAGAAUGUUUGUGACAGUAAAGGCGAAGCGUUCUCAUACAAAACUGAGACGAUAUGAUACAGUGGCAAAGGUUUUCCUUAGAAAGAUGUUAAUUUCGACAUGAACGUGAGAGUGCACAUUGACCUGAAGCCGUGAUUUCCUUUUUUAAGAAUGCAUACAUGUACACGUAUAAGAGUCCACACCACUGAAGAACCAUGAACUUGUGAUGUGUGUGUCAAAAAGUUUCAGACGGAAAAUAAGAUGUUAGCUUACCGUUAGCCUAGUUACAGGCCCAUAUUGUAUCUCAUCAUUUCUGUUGAAUUAAAUGCACCGCAUGGUCGAUCACUUUUUAUCUAUAAUGCGUCUGUGUGCUCUUAAUUUUUGGUAAGUUUUUCUUUGUUCUGACAACUUCUUGGUAGCUUAUGAUGUUUUUAUUAAUUCACCAUGUCUCCUUCCUUCUCAGUACGUUGGUUGAGCGGUGAGCGGGGUAAUAAUACCAAACGAUAUA